AGGUGCGGGGCUCACGGCUCGGUCCGUCCGUGCGAUACCCUCAGCACCGUUUGGUUUAAUUGCGCCGUUUUGCGUGGGUGCCCUCACGGCGGGGCGGCGGCGGGCAGCGCUCUCCGGGGGCCGAGCCGCCUCCUGGGGCGGCCGUUAACGGUCGCCCGCCGGUUUGAACGCGGCGCCCCGCCCCGCCGCCCGUUUACUUUCGAACGGCGCGGCCGUUGGUCCCCUCGCGCAUGCGCGGCCCGGCGGCGCUGUGGAGAGCGGCGGGGCGCGGGCCCGGCGGUUUGAAGGUGGCGGCGGCCUCGUCGUGUGGAGCCCGCCGGCUCCCCGUUAGGAGGGCAAGGUAGCGGCUGUCUGGCCGUGCCCGGGAGCGGUGUGCAGCCCCGGCGCCGAGGUGGCGGCGGACGGAACGUCCAGAGUAGAAUGGGGUGUAUCAGCUUGCGUCCUGAUCGCAAGGCGAGGAACACAGUGUUACCAAGGAAUGCGCUACACUACUUUGGUCUGCUUAACUGAAAGCUUUGGCAGAUAAACAGUAAUACAGGACAUGCAUCACUUUGAGGAAGAGUUAACCUGCUCCAUUUGCUAUAGCAUAUUUGAAGAUCCACGCGUUCUGCCCUGUUCCCAUACGUUUUGUAGGAAUUGCCUAGAAGGUGUUAUUCAGCUGUCAAGCAACUUUUCGAUUUGGAGACCCCUGAGAGUUCCUCUGAAGUGUCCUAACUGUAGGACUAUUGUUGAAAUUCCUGCUGCUGGUACCGAAUCGUUGCCUAUCAACUUUGCAUUGAAAGCUAUUAUUGAAAAAUACCAACAGGGAGAUCACUCUGAUGUUGCAACCUGCAGUGAACAUUACAGGCAACCGCUGAACGUUUACUGUCUUUUGGAUAGAAAGUUGGUGUGUGGCCAUUGCCUUACAAUAGGAAAACACAAUGGUCAUCCAAUAGAUGACCUUCAAAGUGCCUACAUCAAAGAAAAGGAGACUUCUGGAAAACUCCUUGAGCAGCUAACUGAUAAACACUGGACUGAUGUAUGUUUGCUUAUUGAAAAGCUGAAAGAACAGAAGUCCCAGUGUGAAAGCAUUGUUCAGGAUGAUAAAAAAGUAGUCAUACAGUAUUUUAAGAAACUUAGUGAUGCCUUAGAGCACAAAAAACAAGCUCUGCUGACUGCACUGGAUGAAAUUAACACACACAUUUUGGAAGAGUAUGAGCCUCUCAUUGAGAAGUUGAAAAAAAUAAGGGAAGAACAGCUGGAAUUAAUGUCACUGAAUACAUCUAUUCAAAAAGAAGAGUCCCCGCUUAUUUUUCUUGAGAAGGUGGAUGAUAUGCAUCAACGUAUAAAAGCUUUGAAACAGAAGCAACUACCGGAUGUUAAACCUGUGGAGAUUUAUCCAAGGAUUGGGCACCUGCUGAAAGAUGUGUGGUCUAAAACUGAAAUCGGUCAGAUCAACAAGGUCCUCACUCCAAAAAUAAAACUGAUUCCGAAAAGGAAGUUACGCAGCAAAGGCAGUGGAAGGGAAGGAAGAGAAUCUAAAGAACUCCUCCAGGCUGUAAAUCCUUUAGCAGUCCUGCUUCUUUUUAUAAUAAUAGCGGUAACUGUGUGUUCAUUUCACAAACGGGUAUAUACAGUUGUAAUUGAAACUACUCCCACUUAUAUCGCAGAAUUCUUGCUGCUUACUUAUCAAGAUUUCUGCACCCAUUUGCAGAAUAUGGUGGAUGUGCUGUGCCAUAAAUUUAAUUUAUUGAUGGAGUUUUUAGGGAGAAUUGUUUCUCUUUGACUAUUUCAAUGAUUAGAUGAAAAGUUAGUGUAGGAAUCCACACAGGUGGUUUCUUUUUUUUAAUUUCUACUUAAAAGCUGGAUUCCUUUCUAUUUCCGUAUCCUUCCUUUUUCUGUACGUUUUAGAUUUCCUCUUAGCUAACUCCUAGUUAACUAAGAAGGUUUGCAAUAAAAAAGGCUUCCUCUUCUGCUCACACAAUACUAUGGUAGGCGUGUGUUGAAACUGGAAGCUAGUCAGAAACAGCGUCUGCGUAAGAAAGCUAUAAUCAGCUUACAAAAGUAUAAUCUGGAGUCUUGUUUGUAAAAACUCUUCAAACAUCUACUAUUUUUUUUUUUUUUAAUUUUAAAUGUUAAUUUUUUUUAAAUAAAAGAACUACUAUAUUAAAAGUUAAAAAAAACCACAUCAGGCCGUAAACUAGCCAGUCCUGGAUGGGUCAGUCACUAGCUCUGGUGUAUAUAAAACUCCCAUUUUGUGUUUUAUGGACCUCUCUCUGAAUGUAUUUUAACUGAUACACCUGUGGGCUUCAAAGCAUAUAUUCCUGGCCCUGGGUUUCAUUUUGUGUGUUCCUGGUUGCUAGCGGAUGAUGUGAUUUAAUUUUUUUUUUUUAACUUUGUGUCUUUCAAAUGCUUCUCUCCACUUUCCAGAGCAGUAUCUCAGUAUUUGUAGGGCCUCUGGUGAAAGACUGCAUCCAGUUUUUCAGUGCCAGCUGUCACAAAUCGGGUGUUUGUUUAGUCUGGCAGGGAGCUCUCACUGCUUACUAAAAUGAGCCCUGACUUUUUGCUAAAUCAUGUAAUAUGUAGUAAAAGUAGAUACAUACUGUAGUAAGUAGCAAAGCUCCCAUUGAAGUCAGUGGUUUAAGGAUUUCAAAUGUUGUCAUUAAAACAACAUGACAGUGAAUGUAAAGUUACAGUCAACUUUUCAGCACAAGUAACAGAGAUCUUUACCUUGACAUAGAGGAAACAUGAUAGCAUUUUAUUCUGCAACCAAAUGAUCACUAACACUGUUCGCUACUUCUCAUGAGAUGUUCCAGUCUAGGCUACGCUUGGGAGCAAUAUGCCCAGUGAAAGUCAUUUUUGGCUUUCAGUUAUUAGCAGGCUGAUUACCAUAAGUUCUGGGACAGCCUUGAAGUGUUGCAAUUACAACAGCAGAACACAGAUGAGCUUACAAUUCACUAAAAUCCAAAAAUGAGUAUUUGCCAUAUCUAAUUGUACUUGAUAAAAAUGAUAGUGUAUUCUAGCAUGGCAGCAUUCCUUGGCUGUUGUAUAUUUUUAAAUAAUAAAGCUGUUUAAAUAGAGAUUGAAUUCUGAGGCUAGCCUUUAAGUACAUGGGAUUUUAAACCCUUGUGUAAACCAAAACUUGCCCAUUGCUACCAGCAGCCAUUACUGGGGUCCUGCAAAAUACCAGUUGCUGCCAGACUUCAGUGAGAGCCGAGAGCAAGGUCAAUCCUCACAUCCUAAUAACAAUAUCAAUAUCCUAAUAUUGCUGUAUUGAUAAAACACUGAGUCUUGUUAAACAGCUCCCAUGCAGCUCAGCGGGUUUGAUUGUUCAGGUUUGCCUGAGGUAGAGCGGUUUCUACAAUCUGUACACACUUUUUCUAUGAUCCUUUAGAGUUACAAAGGCAAAUCUCAUCAAUACCACUGGUCAGGUUUUGAAAUGGUGUUUAGGUGUAUCCUGGGACUGGAUAAAUGCUGUUGUAUUAAUUUCCCAAUAAAAUUGGGAAUUUGUCUUAAGCCCUGCUUGAAGGCUGUCACUUGGCAUUUAAGUCUCUCAACACCUGGUGCUAAGUGUCUGUCUGCAACCAUGUGAGGCUUCUGUUUUGAUUUCCUAUCUUUUAUUUUCUUGACUUUUAAAAACUGACAGAGAGUUUAUAAUGCAAUUUUAUUUUUCAAGACUACAGGAAUUUGUAAAAUGCCUUUACCACUGAUUGAAACAUUUAAUACUUGUACUUAUAACACACUAUAUAUUUUAAUAAAGCUGCAUACAAAUAAAAUAUAUUCUUCCAGUAGGAUUGGCUAACACCUUGAUUUCCUUACU